CGGGCGCGGGGCGCCUCCCCGCUCCGGGGAGCAGUGGGGCCGGGGGGGCGGGGGGAGAGGGGGAAACAGCAAAAAAAAAAAAAAGGGGAAUUCUCCUGCUUGAGCUCGACUCCGGAGGGACCGCGAGGAGAUUUGCAUCCCUUUCUCCGCGCGGGAGUUGCGGGGACAGCAUGGGCGGAGGGGCCGCGGGGAGCAGCCGCCCCCUGCGCCCGGAGCGGCGGCGGCUGCUGCUGGUGCUGUCGCUGUGCAGCUGGGCGGCUGCCCUGCGAGGAAAUGAUAACAGUGAGGCCCUUCCAGAGUCUAUCCCAUCUGCUCCUGGAACACUGCCUCAUUUUAUGGAGGAGCCAGAUGAUGCCUACAUUAUAAAAAGCAACCCCAUUGUCUUACGCUGUAAAGCUAUGCCAGCUAUGCAGAUUUUCUUCAAGUGCAAUGGUGAAUGGGUCCAUCAAAAUGAGCACGUGUCUGAGGAAAGCAUGGAUGAGACUACAGGAUUGAAAGUUCGAGAGGUGUUCAUCAAUGUGACGAGGCAGCAGGUGGAAGAUUUUCAUGGGCCAGAAGAUUACUGGUGUCAGUGUGUUGCAUGGAGCCAUUUAGGGACGUCAAAGAGUAGGAAAGCGUCUGUCCGCAUAGCUUAUUUACGGAAAAACUUUGAGCAAGACCCGCAAGGGAAGGAGGUUCCAAUCGAAGGGAUGAUCGUUCUCCACUGUCGGCCACCCGAGGGAGUCCCCGCAGCUGAGGUGGAAUGGCUGAAGAAUGAGGAGCCCAUAGAUUCCAACCUGGAUGAGAACAUUGACACCAGAGCUGACCACAACCUCAUCAUUCGACAGGCACGUCUCUCCGACUCGGGGAACUACACCUGCAUGGCUGCCAACAUUGUUGCCAAGAGGAGGAGCAUGUCGGCCACAGUUGUGGUGUAUGUGAAUGGAGGCUGGUCAUCGUGGACUGAGUGGUCAAACUGCAACGCCCGCUGUGGUCGGGGCUGGCAGAAGCGAUCACGGACCUGUACCAACCCUGCCCCGCUCAACGGAGGUGCCUUCUGCGAAGGAAUGUCAGUGCAGAAAAUCACCUGCACUUCUCUCUGCCCCGUGGAUGGAAACUGGGAGGUGUGGAGCGAGUGGUCUGUGUGCAGUCCGGAAUGUGAGCAUUUGAGGGUCCGGGAAUGUAUUGCGCCGCCGCCAAGAAACGGAGGGAAGUACUGCGAGGGCUUGAGUCAAGAGUCAGAGAACUGCACCGAAGGGCUUUGCGUUCAAGAUAAAAAACCUCUUCAUGAAAUAAAAUCCCAAAAUAUUGAGACUGCCAGUGACAUUGCCUUGUACUCCGGCCUGGGAGCAGCAGUCAUUGCUGUAGCUGUGCUGGUGGUUGGCGUUACCCUUUACAGACGGAGUCAGAGUGAGUACGGCGUGGAUGUGAUUGAUUCAUCUGCACUGACAGGAGGCUUCCAGACAUUUAAUUUUAAAACAGUCAGACAAGGUAACUCCCUGCUUUUGAACUCGUCCAUGCAGCCCGACCUGACGGUGAGCAGGACGUACAGCGGGCCGAUCUGCCUGCAGGAUCCCAUGGACAAGGAGCUCAUGACCGAGUCCUCGCUGUUCAACCCGCUGUCAGACAUCAAAGUCAAAGUUCAGAGUUCGUUCAUGGUGUCCUUGGGGGUGACAGAGAGGGCUGAGUACCAUGGGAAGGCACACUCGGGAACUUUUCCUCAUGGGAAUAAUAGGGCUUUUGGUACAAUACAGGCUAGAAACAAGGCUACGUAUAUUCAGAACCUGUCUUCUAUUUCAACAACAAGUGAGCUGAAGAGCACUGCUAUUUUUGGACACCUGGGUGGCCGUUUAGUAGUUCCAAACACAGGAGUCAGUUUGUUGAUACCACAUGGAGCUAUUCCGGAAGAGACUUCAUGGGAAAUCUAUCUUGCCAUCACUCAGAAGGAGUCCAGCCUACAGCCAGAAGGCACAGAUGUUCUUCUAGGACCAGAAGUAACUUGUGGGCCUGCAGAUUUCUGUGUCAGCACUCCCUUUGCCUUGACAAUACCACACUGCGCAGAAGUAAAUUCAGAGCACUGGAAUAUUCACUUGAAAAAAAGGACACAGCAAGGAAAAUGGGAGGAAGUGAUGUCUGUGGAAGAGGAAACUACUUCUUGCUACUGCCUGUUGGAUCCUUAUGCCUGUCACAUUCUCUUAAACAGCUUUGGAACUUAUGCUCUUAUUGGAGAACCGAUCUCUGACUGUGCCGUUCGACAGCUGAAAGUAGCGGUUUUUGGCUGCCUGUCUUGCAAUUCUCUGGAUUACAAUCUGAGAGUAUAUUGUAUGGAUAACACACCUUGUGCAUUUCAGGAAGUGGUUUCAGAUGAAAGACUCCAAGGAGGACAAUUACUGGAGGAACCAAAACUUCUGCAUUUCAAAGGGAAUACCUUCAGUCUUCAGAUAUCUGUCCUUGAUAUCCCUCCUUUCCUUUGGAGAAUUAAACCCUUUACCGCGUGUCAGGAGCUGCCCUUCUCCCGUGUGUGGGGCAGCAGCCAGAAGCCGCUGCACUGCGCCUUCUCCCUGGAGCGCUACAGCCCCGCCACCACCCAGCUCUCCUGCAAGAUCUGCGUCCGGCAAGUCAAGGGUCACGAGCAAAUCCUGCAGAUCCAGACAUCCAUUCUCGAGAACGAAAGAGAAACCAUCACCUUCUUCGCACAUGACGACAGCAACUUCCCCGCGCAGAUGGGUCCAAAAGCAUUCAAAAUCCCCUACUCUAUUAGACAGCGAAUCUGUGCAACGUUUGACACACCCAACGCCAAAGGCAAAGACUGGCAGAUGUUAGCACAAAAAAACAGCAUUAACAGGAAUCUCUCCUAUUUUGCCACACAAAGCAGUCCAUCUGCCGUCAUUCUGGACCUCUGGGAAGCCCGACACCAACACGAUGGCGACCUUGACUCCCUAGCCUGUGCCCUGGAAGAAAUAGGAAGGACACACUCCAAAAUCUCAGACAUAACAGAAACUGAGAUUGAGGAGCCUGACUUCAACUACAGCAGACAAAAUGGACUUUAGUCACUUUUUUCCAUUCAAGAACUGAUGGCCAGCUUUGACUAUUACACUAGAGAUUCGCUUUGGCAGGGAGGAAAUAAGGGUUUCUGCACGGUGUGUAUGGGAACAGACACUCAUUUCCACAAUGCAGUUUUCAGUUGGAGGAGCAGAAGCAGCCCUAUUAAAAAUCAUCUCGGUAAUAAGGAAAACACAAGCUUCUCCAUGUCCUCUCUCAUUUAAAAUUCAUGUUUUAAAGUCAAAAGCAAAACUACACAUCUGUCAUUCCUGGGGCAGGAAGGAGUGACGUACAGAGCCAUUAGCAGCAAAUGCGAUGACAUAAUGUAUUUAGGAAACAGUAAGGCUAAUGUAAUGCCUAGUGAAAAUCAGCAAAUAUGAUAUUGACUAUUUAGAGCCAGUACUGGUUAAUCCUAGUCUAAAGGCUUGUCGUCCUGGGGCCUCCUGCAUCUCUAACUGAACACACUAAAGAGUGGGCUUCAAAUGCCCUUUGAUCACAUCAGGCUGUCACUUUGUAUCUGCUACAGGAAAACUGAAAAUCUGGCCUAAUCCUGUUCAGAUGUUUGAGGAAUUAGAAGAUCUCAUAACUAUUUAGUUGGUAUCAUGUGUAUUCCAAACAAUUUCUUUCAAAAAUUCAAUCGCUUAAUGAAUGUACAUUUGCUGCAGAGCUUUCCUGCCUAUUCUGUUAACAAAAUAACAGAACAAACCCCUUCUCUGUGAAAUUAGUGCGUGUGUGUGUGAGAGAGAGAAAUUUUCUGAAAUUCAAAAGAUGUUUCUUUGGGGGUAGAUUUAAAUAACCAAAUGCAGGAAAUUGCCAGCCCUAUUUUAGCAAGUUUACACAUUUUUUUUAAUUACUUCAUGUUGUGGGGCUAAACUAAAAAGUAAAGGUGAAGUGAGUCAGCAUAAGCAUAGCUUAAUUUUAGUUUAGUUUCCGUUUGAAACAAAGAAUAAACCCCACAUGGUACUGCCAAAAAUUGGCUUGAUUUCAUUGUACAAUUUGGAAAUUUCACAGGAUAUAAAGCUGGCUGGUUUACACUUGGUUUAGUUACAAGCAUAUUGCAUUUACCACCAAAACUAGAGAAUUCUCUUAAUUUUUUAUCCAUUUUAUACAAAAAUAAUUUAUUACUUCAACUGAACCAAAAAAAGAGCUGUCACUGUGAGUGAGUGUCCUAGUGGAACUGGUACUGAGCCAAAUUUAACUAUUAUUUUUACUCAUGUAAUCUUUAAAGUUAGCCAAGGUGGUUGUUAGCUCUGGCCCUAGGCCAUCAGUUUUAGUGAUAAGAACUAAUCAGUAUAAAGCAGGAACACAAACAAGACUUUAGGAGCUUUAUGGAAAUGCAAGAAAUUGAAAACAAGCAUUCUGGGGGUUUUUUUUACCCCCAUAUUUGGCCGAGAGAAGCAUGAUAGGCCAGAGGGUAGGUACUUACUGUGCGAAUCUAUAAUAAUCUGGAAUUAUUUCUUGACCCAGGAUUCCAGUUCUGAAGAGUAUGAUGAACAACUCUUGAUGGAAGACCCUGCUUGUUCUUGCUGAUCUGAAAUUGCAAAUUUGACUGCUUUCCCAGCUCGGCAGGCCAGAAUAGUCUUAGACUUAUAAAUACUUAGACUUCCCCAAACAUUUUCUGCACUUUAGUAUUUCAUGCAGUCUGACAUGAGAGUUCCUGUUUGCAAUGGGAAAUCAUAAUGGCUGCGAGCAUAUUUGAGACAGAGACAAAAAUACCAGCUUACUUGGCAGCAAGCUGUCACUGUUUUCAGCAGCACAGGGUUCUAUCUGUGUUUGAAUUAUAUUUCUAGUGACUUCCAGUCCUCCUCCUCAGAAACCUGUUCUUCAUUGGACAAAAUGUCAUGAAUUAAAAAAAAACAGGGAAUGGCAUCCACAGAGAGCGGUGGAGUUCUGGUGAGCUGUCGUUGUCUGGGAAACCAGCUACAGUCACUCGCCAGCAGUUAAUUUGUUCUCUGCUUCUCCUCAGAUGCAGGUUUAAUUUUCAACCUAGCUUAGGUUAGCUACCACAACAACGACCUAAGGACUACACCCUGCAGGGGCUGUAACAUAUUCAUGUCAUUCUGAAGAGCUGUAGGUACUUUCUCCUCUUGAUUGCCAAAUAUAUGUGAGGUACACACAGCAUACGGGGUCAAAAAGAGCUGCAAUGUGGAGCUCAGACCUUAAAGCUUUUUCUCAGGAAAUGCACAGUGUUUACUUCCAAGACUUGGGUAGCUUUGAAAAACCUCUGUGUACAGCGACACCCAACUUCGGGUGCUCGGCGAAGCCAAGAGAGCAACCAGCAGCUGUCCAGACCACCUUCCUCCAGAGCGCGUCUGAAAGGGCCUUCAGACCGCCGGGAUCUGGGUUCUCCACCAAAAUACACCAAGUUAGAUCCAAAAUCCAGUGAAGUCUAGUGGCUGAGUUAACAUACUGAAAAGGAAUAAAUGUCAAAGUUUCUUACAAUGCCAAAAAAAAACCGGUCCGGUUUUGGGCCUAAGGUAAGAUUCUAAUUUUACAUUGCUCAAUAGAAUAUUGUUGUCUUCUUCUAGGUUUUGUUUCCUGUUUUUUCUUCACGUUUGAAGCAGCUUCUUUGUUACUGAUCUUUCUUUUUGUGACUCCGAAUCAAGAUCUCUGACUAUUUCUAACCUAUUACUGGUUUGAUGCUCUUGUAUUAGUUUAAGUGGACUAGAAAUGCCACGGUACCACUUACUUACCUGUCUGCCAUUGGAACAGGGUUUGAAACAGUGACCAAACCCCCAGCCUGCAUUUCUACGGGGACCUUAUCUGGCUGUAGACCCGAGCCUUACAAGAACUGCCAUACUCUGCUGGGUGAAAAUCCAUGCAGUCUCGUACAGUAUCUCUCAUAGUGACCAGGAUUGAAAGUUUAGGGGAAACGGUGUAAGAACUGUGCCCUGCACUGAAGGACUUCCUCAGCAGGGGGUUGCAUCUGGCCCGCUCUGUCCGAGGCACUGAUACUGUCCUUCAGCACACUGACUAAUCCCUUUUGAACCCACUGAAAACACUUGGCCUUCGUGGACAAUAGAGGAGAAACAAGGGCCACAAUCUUCUUUUGCAUUUUUCUAAACAGUCCUUCCUUUCCAAGCUUUCCUCUUGUUUAACACACGCUGCCGAACAAUUGCCCUGGGUUCCCCUAGGUCCUGUAGUAAGGAAUACUGAGUAAGUGCUCCCCACUCACCUUGCCCACACUGGACAUUCUUUUACAGCCUUCUCUCACAUUUCAUAUCCUCUCACUCUCUUAUCUAGGCUGAAACCCCCUGGUUUAUUCUACUUCUUUGGCCAUCCUUGCUGUUACUCCCUGUAUCAUCUCCCGUUCUGUAUCUUUUUGGAGCUGGAGUGACCAGUGACCUGCUUUUCAACAGGAACGCAGGCUAAAUCACACAGUUCCUCCAAUUCCUCAAUUUCUUGCUGUUCCCCCGUUCAGCAUCAAUCACAGGAUUAAGAUCUUGCUAUAGUGUAAAGCCACAAAAAACACCUGCAGGAGUGCAGGACGCCUGAGAAUACAGUGACUGCCUUUACUGUGCAAAUUAUUCCAGCUAAUCCAUCCUGAACACCCAGAAAAUAAAACCUGUGAGUAAAAAAAUGUGUAGCUGAAAAAAAAGACUGAGGUGACAGAUGUCCAAAUCAUUAAAAAAAAAUCAUAAAAAGGAAAUUAUUUGUUCUCCACAAUAGUGAUGGAUGCUGAUAAGCAGCAACUGGACAAUAAGAACGUGAGUUAGACUUCUGAGUGGAAAAACAGGCUGCAGGUUUUUUUCCUAUUUGCCUCCUGCCCGCCCCCCACAUCUGUUGAUUACCUGAAAUGUCUGGUACAGACAUGCCUGUUCUCAGAUGCUCUUUCUGUUGUUUUGUGUAAGCAUCAUGGGAUGAUAUUAAUAGCACUUAGCACUUUUACUUAUAGAGGCUUAUGCAAGUUCUCCUCCCUUUUUUAUGCACAGUCCCGGUUUUAGAGAUGGAGAAAUUAAAACGGUUUUUAGUUAAAUGCUUCUGCUACCAUAUAAAUGAAGCAGCAACAUGAAUUUUGUUACCAUUAACAAGCAGCUAAACAAUACAAGUAAAAGAUGUUAAAUGUUUGCUUCCUAUUUUCCACAGUAGAAGGCAGCUGCCUGGUGCCAGCUCCCCCACAAGCCUGCUGUAAGUAUGCUUUGCAGUACAGUGUUCUCUCAGAAUGGUAAUUCAGAAUUUGUAUGCAAAUGCUAUAUAAAGAGAUAUGUUGAACAUUAUUAGCAAUCUUAAAUUUCCAGAAGCACAUUUUUAACAUCUAUAUUAAAAAGAUUUUUUGGAAAUCUGUAUACAUAUAUGUAUAUGGUCUGAUGCAAAACACAGAUGUAAAGGAGCAUCUGAAGCAGGAUUAGAGGCCAGAAAUUAAAAAUUUAUUCCUUUCCUCUAUAUUAGUAAUUAGGAAUUUUACAAAUCUCUUCACAAACUAGAAAGUAAAAGAGAAAUGUAAUGCUACGCCCUUAAGAUCCCAUUUAGCUGCCCUGAGUCCGAGAUGGUGAAACAGCCGUUUUGAUUUUACAUCACCCAAGAAUCUGCUCUUGUAUAUUUUCAUCUUCCUAAGCACUCUUCCCAGAUAUUUCUGUGCUGUGAGUCACUUAAGACUAAUAGUUGCAUUUUAAAAAUUACUUACAAUUUUGUCACCAAAAUGGUGCACUUCACAGCUCCACCAGACUGCAGCAUCGUAAAGCUAAUUUACAGUUUUUACAACGCUGCUUUUGCAAUCUUACUCGUUUACAUUGAAAUCCUUUAAGCCACAAGGAAAGGAACCCUGCUCAGUAGAUUCAAAUUCAAAUUUCAUUUACCAGCGCAAGUCCCAUAAAAGCAAGAUGUACUCCCACAAAAAUUUUAUUGGGCUUUUUGUAAUAGAUGAAAAGAUAUCAGCACAAGUCUCUUAAAAUACAGGGAACUAUUUUUGUUAUUAUUUUUAUCUCUGGCAACAGCUGGUCUCCUCCUCUACGGGCCCGUGCACAGCUUGCUUUCCAGCAGGUUGCGAGAGAAGCUUAUUCAGCAUAAAUCACUAAAACAGGGAUCUUCUUGUAGGACUACACAGUAUUAACAUCAUACUAAAGGUCCAUUCUUCUUUUUUUCAUUUGAAAGAUAGUGUUAUAUGAGAGUUUUAAACAUUCACUAACUGAUCAAUUCCAGAUAAUAUUUUCCACUACAAAAAAAAAAAAUACAGUUUAUGUAAACAGUGAAGCUAAAACAAGUGAGGAACUGUUGCAGACUUCUGUUCAUGAUUUGAAUUAUUUUUUUUUCCAGUCUAUUUCUGCCUAUAAAGCAUGUUUAAGCAAAGGGCUGCAUUAUUUCUUGGAUGGUAAUUAACUGAGUGGAAAACAGGAAAUUAUUUCUAAGUCCUUAACGGUGAAUGAGCUGAAGAUUUGUCUUUCCAGCUUUUCUUUUACUACUUUGAAUUAUACCUAGGAAGUUUUCCCACUUUUUACACAGCAGUAGAGAUGGUUAGCAUUAUUCACUGCGAACCUCUGUCAUGUUAAACCUGCUGAAGAGUGUUUACUAUGGGUUAUUCACUUGUGGUGUUUGCUUUGGUAAAACUACCCCCUUGACACUAUUCCUGCUUGAGAAGAGGCUCGCGAUUUUUCCGCAGCAGCAUGUAAAAUGGCACAUAUGUCCUUUAAUGGAUAUAUAAUGAUAGCCUAGUUAAAAUUACUUAAAACUUAAAGCAUUCCUGAGCAAGUACAGUAACUAAAAAUACUAGGUAUGUAACACGCAAUACCUGGAGCAACAAAUAAAACUCAAUAUGCUGGCAAAAGAUCAUGAAUCGUUUUCUAGUAACGCACAGUCUAGCUCUUUUCUCUCAUUGCCAAUACUAGCAUAAGUGGUAGCAAAAAUCUCCUUUCCAACAUGGACAAAAAUAAAUAAAUCACUCUAAGAUUAAAGAAUCACUUAGAGAAUCAUUUGAUAGUAACAGUGUCCGCAGUGCAGAACACAGAACUGAUGUUCUGCUCGUGGCUGCAAGUAAAAAAACAAUCUGUCAGUAUCCAUGUUCACUGUUCUGUCCAAAAAUAAAAUACAUGUCUAGGAGUUUGCCACUAUAUUUUUUGUAUUAGAGGUGAAUAGUACAGAUUCUACUAGUGUUUCUUGUCUGGGGCUUGGGUGGGUAGGGGUGUAUUGUAAUUUUCAAGCUAUUGCAAAAGCUGCUUUUAAAUAAGCUGUUCAGUUGUAUUGAAUAACUGGUUUGUGCUUUACAAGGGAAUCCGGGUGAGCCAGGGCUCAAGGGGUCGCCUCCCUGCCUUGCUGUCACAGGGUAACUAGAGCUGAAGUCACUUGUGAAAAUUUAGCUAUGGGAUAGGGAGAUUAGAUGACCCAUCCCUGAUCUGUAAUGUGUGUACUGUAAUCUAAUGAGAUUAGACACUCACCUACUGUAGAGCUGUGGUUUUGUCAGCAGCUACUUAGUUUGUCUGCCCCUGGUGUGAUAACCUUGGUUGAGAAUGUACUUCUGCAGAUUUAAGAUGAUGUCAAAUCCCUGUGUUAUCUGGUCUCUGUAUAUAAAUCUUAUUGUCUAAUCCCAAAAGGAAAUGUGUAGCACAAAAUGAAGUUCAGGGUGUUCUGCACCAAGCCUGGUUAAAGUUAUUUUCUGAUACAGCAGAAGGGGGAAGACAUGGAUCUAACUGCAAGUGUAUUUGCUACAGAGAAUGUUUCCUAACAAAUGCUCACUUAGAACUGACUGAAGCUUUGUUUUUGCAGUUUAAAAAAUGUAAGACCCGCUAUUUCCAUACUGAAAUUUGCAAUAUUAUCCUUAUGAUAUCUUUUCAAUCAAUUCCUUCAGUUUUCCCUCAUUUGUGCACUGAAGUUGGAGGGGGAGGGAGGAAUAUUUUUACAUGAAGUUGUAGACUUUCACAUUCUUUCCACUUUCGAUCUAAACCCCAGGUACCAUUACUGAACCUCACAAAGUUCCCUAAAGCAUCAGUAUACACACACAGAGAUACAUAUAUAUAUACAUAUACAUAUAUAUAUAUGCCUCACUGGGAACGUGCCAUUUACAUACUUAAGGUGUAUAUUUGGGAACAGCAAACUGCCAUCAUACAAUUGGUGACUUGGGAGAUGAUGUAGCUGCCUCCUCCCACCUCUUAAUCAAAUUCAUGCCCACUGUGACUGCUGAUCUCACCUUAUGCAAGGGUACAAGAACAUUAGGAGUACACCUUUUGUUAAUUUGGAUGAAGUAAAACAUGAUGCUGGUCAGUCUGAUGAAACGUAAAACAGUGUUACGUGUGACCAGAGCUAACUGAAAACUUUCCAUUGCACUUUCAACUUUCACAACUUUGGACCAGCCUUUUGGUGAAAAGGGGAGGGGGAAUGUCAAUUUAAUGAAAUACAAAAUAAUUAAUAGUUUUUAAAAAGAGGAAAAAUCCACAAGUAUUUCUCUAGAGAGACCUAUUUUCUCUUCUGCUCCUUUAUUUUCACAGUGAAUAGGUUCUGAAAAUGUUGGUUCUUGCUCAUUUGACUGAGCAUUCUUCCCUCCCCCCGCUUCUCCCCACGGUUUCAGUGUGUUUAGAACUGAAAAAAGAGCAGAGGUUUGAAUGCUUUCUUUAGUAUGAAGCUGAAGGAGCAGGGAAGAGAGACAGAAGAACAUUAAAUAAAAAGCAUGGCCUUGGCUUCAUACCACACUUUCUGUGCCUUGUUCUAUCAAUGUAAAUUCUGAAUGUUGUACAGUAAAAUACCUGGGAAAGACUUCUUGGAAAAGGCUGCACUGGCUUCUUUUUUCAGCACAUGUACAUAUAUAAAUAUAUAUACAUAUAUAUUUGGUAAUGCCAAACAGCUGUGUUAUAUUGUACUGAAAAAGUAAUAAUGGACAGUUUGGAUGUUUUAUGUAGAGUUUGCAAAACUUGUAUGGCUAUAGCCUUUUGAAGAUAAAUGUACAGACGUAAAUUACUGCAUAUCAGUUAUUUAUGAAUAAAGAGUCUUUUACUGACAUCUUA